AUGGCGAAUAAAGUCGAUAUUGAGCAAGUACGGCAGCUCGUCAAUACCCACCUUGACGAACUGAGCCCUCAACUCCGCACAGUCAACAAGACUAUCCACGACAACCCCGAACUUGCUUACAAAGAAUUCCUUGCACACGACACAAUUACUACUUUCUUGGAGAAACUCGGCUUUGAUGUAAAGCGCAAGACUUGGGGCUUAGAUACUAGCUUUGAGGCUACAAUCGGCUCGGGAGGGCGUCAGGUUGUCGUGUGCUGCGAGUAUGAUGCUCUGCCGGAUAUCGGGCAUGGUUGUGGCCACAAUCUCAUUGCUACAUCCUCUAUAGCUGCAUUCCUUGGUGCAGCUCAUGCUAUAUCUAAACUAGACGUCCCAGGCCGAUUGAGAAUUCUGGGAACACCUGCUGAGGAGGGAGGUGGUGGCAAGGCAAAGCUGAUUGAUGCUGGCGCCUUUAGCCCAGCAGAAGAUAUUGCCGCAUCUAUAAUGGCUCACCCUAUAUCUGUCAAUCUUAUCAAUGGUACAGGAAAUACCGGCAUUUCUGGAGUAGCUGGAUUUGAUCUCAUUGCCAGCCACAAGUUCCGUGUCGAAUUUCGCGGAGUAACAGCUCACGCCGCUGGUGAACCAUGGAAUGGCGUUAAUGCUCUAGAUGCUGCUGUUGCAGCUUACAACAAUGUGUCUCUGCUGCGCCAACAGAUUCGGCCUGAUGAGAGGAUCCAUGGUGUGAUUGAGGUUGGCGGCACGGUUCCAAAUGUGAUCACCGAUUAUACGCGGAUGAACUGGUAUGUCCGAAGCCCUACCAGUCAGCGUGGGGAGCUGCUGGUGAAGCGAGUAAAAGCUUGCAUGGAGGCAGCUGGCGUGGCAACUGCUUGCGAGGUCAAUUAUAUCCCAGCUGCGACGUAUGAGCAUGUCAUUUCCAACCCCACGCUAUGCAAGGCGUAUGUCGAAGACAUGAGUAAACUUGGAGAAAAAGUCGAGACAAGCUUACCUGUGAGCUUCAACGCCUCGACCGAUAUGGGCAAUGUGACUCACGUGGUACCUGGCAUCCAUGGUGGAUUCGGUAUCCAAACUGGGCCAAAUGUUGCCCUUCAUAGCCGCGAGUUUGCCGCUGCUGCAGGUACGGAUGAAGCUCACGAGGUGGCAAUGAAGAGCGGUAAGGGUAUGGCAAUGUUAGCUCUUAGGGUUCUACUUGACGAUGCUAUUGCUGAGAGUGCAAGAGCCGACUUCGACAAGAGGUAUCAAUAG